CGACGAUGAGCGGCGCGUGGAGGAGAUUCGUAAAUAUCGCAGCCUGCCACGGGCUUUUACCUCCUCCUGCUCCCCUCGCUAUUACCGCUCCGCGGCUCUCGGCGCUCCGCCGACAACGAACCGACGGCUCGCGCUGCGACCGAACGGCGCUACGGACGAGCUCCUCGUCCACCGCUGUGACCGCCUCCGCUGGCGACGACAACGACGACGACCACCACGCUGUUUUCACGGGUGCUCCCAGUGCUCCGCGUGUUAUCCGCGCCUCGAUUAUCCGACAGCUGAUCAUGGAGCUUGAGAACUGCAACAUGCACGGAGACCAGGAGAACACGGGGCCUAACACGCCGCAGCACGAGAAUGAUCCCAGUGGCAAUAAAAAGUGGUACCGGCAGGCCAGCCAAAGUAACAAGGACGAUAUUCCGAUAUUUGACGGUGCAGGGCCGAGAGUGCGAUUCCCGGAUGACUCGAACGUAUUCCCCGAGGAAUCGAUUCACCGAACCAUCCUCAGCCUUAACGUAGGACUGACCAGGAACGAUCGUAGCGAGCAAGACCUGGACGGCUACAACGAGGGCACUCAUGGCGCCCGCACUGAUAAGCGCGAAUUGGGGCACAGAAUCUUCGUCAACCGGAGUCUCCACUUGGAGAACAUCAAGUUCUAUGGCUUCGACAUGGACUACACGCUGGCGGAGUAUAAAUCGCCGCAGUACGAACAAUUGGGCUUUACGCUGCUCAAGGAUCGUUUGGUGUCUUUGGGAUACCCGCAGGAGAUCAAAGCCUUCGAGUACGAUCCAAGCUUUCCCGUUCGCGGACUGUGGUUCGAUAGCCUAUACGGGAAUCUCUUGAAAGUAGACGCGUACGGGAACAUCUUGGUUUGCGUUCACGGCUUCGAGUUCUUGAAACACUCUCAGGUUUACGAGCUUUAUCCGAACAAGUUUCUACAAUUAGAUGAAUCUAGAGUAUACGUGCUCAACACCUUGUUCAACCUGCCGGAAACGUACCUGCUGGCGUGUCUGAUAGAUUUUUUCACAAACUCGCCGCAAUACAGUAGAGAGAAGACCGGAGUGAAAGAAGGUGAGCUCACCAUGAGCUUCAGGAGUAUAUUUCAAGACGUUAGGAGCGCGGUAGACUGGAUACACCUUCACGGUGACCUGAAAACGAAAACUAUCGAAAACUUGGACGAAUACGUGAAGAAGGACGAGAGGUUGCCUAUGUUCCUUACGAGAAUCCGAGAGAGCGGAGCGAGGGUGUUUCUAUUAACUAACAGUGAUUACGUUUUCACGGACAAAAUUAUGACUUACUUGUUCGAUUUUCCACAUGGCGCAUGGCCUGACGAACCGCAUAGAAAUUGGAAAACCUAUUUCGAUACGAUUGUAGUGGAUGCCAGGAAGCCACUAUUCUUCGGAGAAGGGACAAUCUUGCGACAAGUCGACACGAAGACAGGUGCUCUGAAACUUGGCACACACAAGGGGCCUCUGCAUACGGGUGAGGUGUACUCAGGAGGUUCCUGCGACGUGUUCACGGAAUUAAUCGGCGCCAAGGGGAAAGAUGUGUUAUACGUCGGCGACCACAUAUUUGGUGAUAUCUUAAAGAGCAAGAAGAUACGAGGCUGGAGGACUUUCUUAAUAGUUCCGGAAUUGGUUCAAGAGUUACACGUUUGGACAGACAAAUGUCAAUUGUUCGCCGAACUGCAGAGCCUCGAUGUUAUGCUCGGAGAAAUGUACAAAAAUUUAGAUAGCAGCACAAAGGAAAAGCCGGACAUUUCCAAGUUACGCACGUCCAUAAGGGACGUCACGCACAAAAUGGACUUGGCAUACGGCAUGAUGGGUUCUCUGUUCCGUAGCGGGAGCAGGCAAACAUUCUUCAGCAGCCAAGUCGUUAGGUAUGCCGAUCUGUACGCAGCGACCUUCUUGAAUCUGAUUUACUACCCCUUCUCGUACAUGUUCAGAGCACCCGCCAUGCUGAUGCCUCAUGAAAGUACAGUAGCUCAUGAACAGAGGUUUGUCAUGGAGACACCAAUGAUAAGUCGUUCUAGAACAUUUAAAUUGGCAGAAGAGGAAGAAGAACACAAUCGACCUACCUCUAAAACUUUAUUCGUGGACCAUUAUAACAGUCAAAUUCCACAUGCAAGACCGGAAACACCACGUAACGUCACGCAUACACACGACGAGGAUUGCAGCGACGAAGACAGCGACUCGCAGAAGCAAGCUAAUCAUGUGAGAGCGAGCACGAGAAACGCAAAUUGCAACUGAAGUUUACUAACGUUUCCACUCCCCACGCGGUCUCGUCCAGCGUAAUAGUAGUCGACUGACAAACGAAUUGAACGAAACAUAAUACGUAGCGUACUAAAUAAGGUGGUUUGAAUUGUAAAGAGUUGUUAUUAGCAUACGCGACGAGUCACGCCAAAGCAGUUUUCGUAAUUUUGUACGACAGGAAUACUUUUUUUUCCUCUUCUCUUGAGAAGAAAGAUCAUUGUUUCUCGCCGAUGCGGCGAUAUUAUGCCUGAUUUAUAUAACGACACGACUACGGAAAGCUAA